CUGUGAUAUUUUUCCCUCUUCUUUUUAAUAAGGAGAGACUUACUCUCUUAUCUCCAUCUCUAUCUUCCUCUUCUCCUAGGGUUUCAAACUUUCAAUAAAGGUUGAAGCUUUAGCGUUGGUGAAUCAGUUUAUUAAGAAGAAGUUAGAGUUUCAAUGGUUAGUGGUCCGGAGCUUCAAGAGCUCGUCACCAUGGCAAACAACUGCAAAUAUGAUGAUGUUUUUGCUAGUAAUUAUUUAUAUCAACCAAAUUCAGUAGUAUAUGAUCAGCAAAGCUUAGUUGGGAGUUCAUACAAUUCCAUGUGUGUACCUUCUCAAGAUGUCAACUUUGCAUCAUCUUUAGCCACAAGAAGCCAUGAGGGGGACCCUGCUGAGGAUGGUGAGAUCUUCUCAGACAUAUCCCUUACUUAUAUCAGUCGAAUGCUCUUGGAGGAGGAUAUCGAUGAGAAGGUGAAUAUGUAUCAGCAACAGGCUGCCCUCAGAGCUACUGAGAAGCCAUUCUAUGAUAUUCUUGGUGAAGAGUAUCCAUAUCCUCUUUUGCCUGACAAAUUUUCAUUUCACUUCACGCGUAAUCUGGAUAGACUUGAUGGUGGUGUGGUGGUGGUGGUGGUGGAGUGCUAGAUCACAGACAGUCACAUGUUAGU